UGACGCAGGAUGGCGCUGGUAGAUGAUGAUGCAACUAAUUAAGCCGACGCCCGACAGGCUCCCCCGGUCUCACCCCAACAUCAACACCAUCCUGUCGCCAUUGGCCCAAUCCAAUAUAAAAAUUUAGAGUCAUCGGAUUCCGUCGUCGAAAGAGAACGAAAGAGAACAGAUUCAAUUGGAGUUGAUUCUUAUAUACAUUUGCAGUCAUAGCUUUAUCCCUUGACCGGAGAGAUGGUGCUUACUUCCACGGACCUAGGGCGCUAUUACAAGCUGCUAGGCCAAGGCAAAGUCCGAGAUGUAUACGAGAUCGAUGCGAAGACGUUACUCUUCGUAGCGACCGAUCGCAUCAGUGCGUUCGAUGUCGUCUUGGAGAAUGGCAUCCCCAAUAAGGGCAAGAUCUUGACUCUGAUGUCCCGGUUCUGGUUCACGCAAAUCCCCAAGCUGCUCCCGUCGGCGUCGUUGGAGACUCAUUUCAUUUCUCUGGACCUGCCGAAGGCGCUGGCCGGCACGAAAGAGGGAGAGUUGUAUCAGGACCGGAGCAUGCAGGUCAAACGACUCAAAGUGUUUCCGAUCGAGUCGAUCGUCCGUGGCUACAUCACGGGUAGUGCCUGGUCCGAGUACAAGAAAUCUGGGACGGUGCACGGUAUCAACGUCGGCGAAGGACUCCAAGAGAGCCAACAAUUUCCCACUCCGCUCUGGACGCCCAGUACAAAAGCCGAAGCCGGCCAACACGACGAGAACAUCACUCCCGAGCAAGCCGCCAAGAUCAUCGGUAGCGAGUACGCCAACAAAAUCGCCUCACUCUCCGUCCAGAUCUACUCCGCCGCGCGCGACUACGCCCAAGCGCACGGCAUCAUCAUCGCGGACACCAAGUUCGAGUUUGCGCUCGACGAGUCGACGCAGCCGCCGAGCGUUGUGCUGGUGGACGAGGUGCUGACGCCGGACAGCAGCCGCUUCUGGGACGCGACGAAGUACACGGUCGGCCGGCCGCAGGAGAGCCUCGAUAAGCAGUUCCUGAGGGACUGGCUGAUCGCGAACGGACUUAAGGGGAAAGAGGGGGUGACGAUGCCGGCGGAGGUGGCGGAGCGGACGUAUCAGGGGUAUAUGGAGGCGUAUACACGGUUGACGGGUGCGGAGAGCAUCUAAUUUACGAUUCCUCCACCCCACACACAAGCAUUUGAUCGGU